GGUAAACCAUCAGGACAUGAUGUGGACAUUUUGAUUACCCAUAAAGAUGUCUACCGCGUUGAAGGAUUGCUAGUAAAGCUUGUUGAAAGGCUUGAUAAGCUGGUAAGGAAAUAAAGAAACAAUAAAUCAAAGCCAAAUUAGAGGGAUCAUUCAAAGGUUUUUUAAGCUAAAACACUUUUUGAGCAUUUGUUUGUUAACAAAAUAAAUGUUUUUUUCCUUUUUAGGGUCACAUGGUUCACAAGGACUUAAUGGCUGGUCGGAAUUCAGCUCUUGGUGGAAGCCAAAAGUAUGUUGCAACAAAUAAAGACUUCAAUUUGAAAGCCUUGAAAAGAUAUCCUCCCACCUAAUGGGAUAGUGAUAUCAACAUGGCAUAAAUACAUUAUCAAGCAAGUUUGAAAUGGAUUUCAAUAUUGUUUGGUAAUGUAACCACUGUGCUUCAACAGUUACUAACUGUAUUACUAACAAUUACUAACAACUUUUUGGUGCUCUACUGAUCAGCAUAUUUGUUUUUCCUUACUUUGUUUUUAGGAUUGUAAAAGAGAGAUAUUCAAAAGUGACCAAUGUUAAAAAACCCAGAGACCCAUGUACAUCGAGACAAAACAAUAUAAACUCUGUAAGGGGAAGUUGGGGGUGGGGGCGGUGAGGUUCUUAAUGACCAAAAAUUUAUUAAAGAAAAAUACCAUCAAGGCCUCAAUUGAUAGCAGUGCUAAAGGCGUCUGAAUGGGCUACCUAACCCUGAUACGAAUAAAUAUUAAGGUCUCUCUCUCUUAUGAAGCAUAACUUAGUUUAUUUUUCUGUCAGUAAGUUAAAUUAUCUAUUUUAUUUGGGAAAAGUAAUAAUUUUAACUUUUUUCUGCGUUGCUAUCUCCUCUGGACUAAUCUAUGUAAAAUGUUGAAACAAAAUGUGUACAAUGUGUAAAAUAUAUAAUAUACAAACUUAACCUUGACAAUUAUUGUGCCCUGAAUGGCCAGGAGUGUUUAAAAGGGAGAAAAUCACAUUAAUGGGCUUGGUCAGUGAUAUUUUCUCCCUUGCUUAGACACACGGUGGGCCACAUGGAUAAUCUUGACCACUGCUUCUGUAUGUUUCAACUGACAACAACGGCAUUGGCAUCGUCAGACAGUGAUUCACUAACAGGUUCAACGAGAUAUGGAGGAUCGUGCAUUGAUGACUUCCAAGAGGGAAGGGGUGGAAGAGCAGUUAGAAGAGUUGACCUGAUUGUGACUCCACCCAAUCAAUUCCCAUUUUCUUUACUAGGAUGGACAGGUUCUAAGGUGUGUACACCAGCUUCUGUCAGAAAUAAACUGUUAUGCCACCCUUAAAGUGGUCUCCUCUUGCAAAAACUUGAGGCACCAAAUUGACUUAUUGUGUGCUCAAUUUUUGCGUUAACAUCUGUGGUUAUUUUGCAACAACUUUUAGGACUUGUGUUAGUGAUGUAUUACGAUGGAUGAUGUUACUGUCAAUAAUAAUAUUAUGCACCUGUUUUUCUUGUCUAGCAAUUUAAUAAGGGACUAUGCCUGGAAAAUGUUGAAAAUCAAGUUAUCGAACCGUGGAAUGUGGGAUCAUAACCAAGUG